CCAACUUGACACCGGUAGAUGUUUCACUCCCUCCAUUCAUUUCAUUCGCACACAGUCGCAUCCUAGCAGCGAGCCCUCCCCUCCUGUUUCUCUCCGCCUGGAAAGAUGGCUGCUCCGGUGGUGGUGAGAAGCUCCGGCCCGGCGCUCUGCCCGAGCUUCGCGGAGGUCUGUUCGUUUCUGGAGCGAUACGGAGCGGCGCUAGAUCUGCCCGAGAUGACUUUCCCGCAGAUGGAGAGGUAUCUGCGGGACACCAAGACAGUUCCUAAACCUCUUGUGGAGCUCCACGUCAAGCUGCUCAGAAAACUGGGGAGGUCUGUGUCCACUGACCGCUGGGAAAAAUACCUGGCUAAGGUUUGCCAGGAGCUGAACAGUACCUGGGCAUGGGAGCUGGAACAGAAGGGCUACCAGGAAAUGUCCAUGGAGUGCAAGUCAAGCAUCCUCAAAUAUCUUUGUGAGUGUCAGUUCGACGACAACCUCAAGUUCAAGAUGGCGAUUAAUGAGGAGGAUCCAGAGAAGAUGCGUCUGCAGCCUAUAGGUCGGGACCGGCAGGGCCUGAUGUACUGGCUUCAGCUGGACCAGGAGCAGAACAUCCGGCUGUACACGGAGGAGCAAGAUGAUCAGGACGGAUCCACCUGGAGGUGUAUCGUCAGGACACGUAACGACCUGGCUGAGGCUCUGGAGCUGCUGAAAACCCAGAUUGAGCCUAACCUGAAUCAGGACCAGAACCAAGCUGGACCCACAGAGAAAGAUGCAGUAGAUGAGGCCGUUAUAAGCACCAACCUCGAACCCUCCAAGACCACAGAGCAACACGCUGACAGUAAGAAGGUUGAACCUGUGACCGAAGAGAAACCCCUGAAACAAGUGGUAAAGCAGGAGCCGAUCAAGCAGGAAAACACAGCGGCUGAAGUUCAAGAGGAGAAGAAGGAGCACAAACCGCCUGUCUUUGAUAACCGCGUGAGCACGAUCACCACUGUCAUCAAAUCAGAAUCCAGGGAUGCUGAUGCCCCCAAAAAUGCUGUGUCAGUUGUCAUGGCACCAGGUGCAGCAGUGACAAAACCAGAAAUGAACAAGGAAGAGGAAGCAGAGCGAGCAGUGGUCAGAAGCAGCCAGCAGGCUAAGAUACCACUGAAGAAGAGGGAGCUAAAGCUCGCAGAGAGCUACCACAGCAACCACCUGAACAACAGUAACAGCAGCAGUAUUAUUGUUUGUAACCCUUCAGUGAUCCAGACCAAAGACAGUCAUGGAAGAGAGGGGAGGGUACCUAACUCACUACCGCCCCCUGGUGGUCAAGCUGCUUCACAACAACAGCAGCAGCAGCUAGUUGUCACUGCAUCAAGGCAGGAACUGACCAACGGGAGAGCGUCUCUCCUCCUGCCUCACAAAGAGGGACAGAACGGCGUCAUAGGAGUCAUAGGUCAAGUCGGUGUUGUAGGUCAUGUGGGGGUCAUCCGCAGCCCAUCUGAGCAUCACAGAGCCGCUGAGCAGCAGGAACAAAAUGGGCCGAGUUUAGACCAGCAGGGCUCCAGAGCUGUAGAGGAGGAGAGGGAGGUGAGUCGGCAGUCAGUGCUGGUCAGGAAGGGACCUGCUGAGGGCGAGGCGAAGGCAGCUCCUCCUCCUAAUGUAGCAAUGGAUUCUCAAACAGCCAGAAAAAUACUGUCCUUAAAAUCUGAAAAACUGCCUGAAGUCGUAGUGAGAAAACUGGAUUGUGUUAUGGUUUCCUCAGAGGAACCCAAAAGACAGACGGAAGAAGUUCAGGGUAAAAACACAACAGAGGAGCAGUUAGACAAGGGGACAAAGACUGGUCAUCAGCAGAAAUAUGACAACCCUAAUGAGAUGGAAGAGAAAAGAGAGGUGUGUGGACGCCCUGUGGCAAUAGAAGGAGAUAAAGAUGAAAAGACUAAAAGCACUUUAGGAAAGGAGGAGGAGGAGAGCACUGUUCUGCCUCUUAAAGUGGACCAGCGGGAUCAAAAAGACCACCAGGGAGACGGAGUUAAUGGUGGGUUGGCAGCUCCGUUGAGGGUGAAGGACGCUGAGCUUGGAUCAGAGGAGAGGCAGGGUCCCCUUGAGGAAGCCUCCUCUGAGCUCCAGAAAGAAGGAAUCAGGUUGAAGAUUAAGAUCCCUCCCCACCGGAGAAACAAGUUAAAGGGGAAAGGGGCAAAAGAGGAGAAAGAAAAGGAGCAGGAGGUGCAAGAGGAAGGGAGGCCGUUGAGGAGAUCAGCAAGGAUUUGCAGAUCAUCUGCUUUGCCAACCUGCAGGCCGAGCUCAAAGGUGGCUGAGAGCCAGAAAAAGAAACCUCAAAGAAAAAAGAUUCUGCCUACCACAACGAGGGAAGAAGAGGAGGAGGAUGAGGAUGAGGAGGAUGAGGAGGAAGAAGAGGAGGAAGAUGAAGAGGAGCAGGACUCGGCUGCAAAGAACAACAGAAAAACACAACCUGUUGGUCAAAUUAAGAAACAAAGGGGUAAAAGGAGGCAUCGACGCCCGCGAUGGUCCAACAUUCGAACGAAGAGACGCAAACUCAAUGAGGGAGGAGAGGUGGAGGACAGAGGGCGGAAAAGAGGAGAGGGGGAGAGCGAAGGAGGAAGCGACUCAGAAGAAUCAUCUAAAUCAGAGGAGAUUCCCAGUGAGGACGCCUGCAGUCAGUGUGGGCUGCCCAACCACCCCGAACUGAUCCUGCUGUGUGACUCGUGUGACAGUGGAUACCACACUGCCUGUCUGCGGCCGCCGCUCAUGUUGAUUCCAGACGGAGAGUGGUUCUGUCCGCCCUGCCAACAUAAGCUGCUGUGUGAGAAACUGGAAGAGCAGCUGCAGAACCUGGACAGUGCUCUGAAGAAAAGAGAGCGAGCAGAGAGGAGGAGGGAGCGGCUAGUGUACGUGGGAAUCAGUGUGGAGAACAUCAUUCCUGUGAGUAAAGAGUGUGACCACUUCACUGGAUUAGAGGGAGAUGAGGAGGAAGAGGAGAAGUCACCGAAGAAGAAAGAUUCCAAAAAGAGCAAAAAUCUGGGAAGGAGAUCAACCAGAACCAGGAAGCACAUCAGCUACAGGUUUGAUGACUUUGACGAUGCCAUUGAUGAGGCUAUAGAGGAAGAUAUCGGAGACCUCUGUGGUGGACAAGGGAAAGAGAUCACACCGAUCCUGUCAGAUGACGGCAAGGAGAGCCAGCGGCCAAUCAGAAGCCAGGGUCGUCCUGCUAGGAACAGGAAGAAGCGGCGACUGAACGACCUGGAGAGUGACAGCACGGCAGCUGAGAGUGAAGACGAGUUCAUGCUCAGCAACAGCUCAGAGGAUGAGGAUUUUGGUGUGUCAGGUGCAGAUGACGAUGAGGAGGAAGAUGAAGACGCGGGCAGCGACGUGGGCAGCUUAGAGAGUGGGUCUCGCCCCAAACGGGCAUUGAGACGUGUGCCUAAACGCCAACCCAUAAAGACCCAACGCAGGGGAAGAAAACGGCUGAGACGGCGGCGGAGACGCUCCUCUGAGGAAGAGGAGGAAGAGACUGAGGAAGACAUGGACUCGGAUCAGUUCAGCGACAUGACUGACAGCGACGCUGACAAAAAAAGGCGGGGUCUGAGGCGGGGCCAACGCCAGCAGGUCAACUACCGCGAGACGUCGGAGUCGUCGGACAACUCGCGGGCCUCCGCCAAAAGGGACAAAGUUAAAUCACGUGGCCGACCACGAAAGGAGCAUUUCUCAAGUGACUUCUCUGAUGUGUCGCCUUCCUCCAGAGACUCUGAUGAGGAGGAGGAUUACGAAGAUGAAGAUGAUCAGAGAAGGAGAGUCAGCAGGCAGAGAAGAGAGGAGGAACACCUUCGGAGAAACAGGAUGAGAGAAAAGCGGAGGAGAUACGAAGACGAGGAGGAGGACGCGAAAGAGAGCGGCAGGCGGCUGAAAAGGAAACUGUUGGAGAAGGAGAAGGACAAAGACAAGCGGAGGAGAUUAAAGAGGACAGACCGAGAAGAGGAGGAGGACGUGGAGAAGAUGGGCAGGGGGAAGAGGAGAGAGAUUCUGUUGCAGCAGCGGCGUAAACGACUCGCUCAGAUGCUGAAGAAACGGCGGCCUUCGACGGACGAAGACGAGGAGGAUUCAGAGGACUCUGAGUCCUCGUCGGAGGAGGAUCGUCCAAUCCGCAAAAGACUCAACCGCAUUGACUCUGAUGAUGAUGAAGAGGAAGACGAGGAGGAAGACGAGGUAAGGCAGAAGACGACGACCAAAAAGUCUUCAGCGGCGGAGAGGAGGGCCGACGACAAAAACGACAGCGACGCUCAGGAAAAGGGGAGGGGCCGUAGCCUGUCUCCAUCAAACGGACAUCGGACCUCCAGAGGCCCGGCCAAGCCUGGGGCUGGAAGUCCCACUGCGGCCAGGGACAGUGAAGGAUCAGGCAGGCAGGGCAGGCACAAUGGCCCCUUACAUCCAGAGGAGGAUGAAGAUGAGGAGGAGGAAGAGGAGGAGGAGGAGGAGGAGGAGGAGGAAGAAGAGGAGGAGGGCCAGACAGACUCAUUAAACUCUGUCCAGAACAGUCCGCAGUCAUGAUGGCUGUGUUUGUGUGAGUAAUGCUCGCUUCUCUGUUUCAGUUUUUUUUUUUUUUUUUAUUUUAACUGUCAGGCCUUUUUACCCACAAUCCACCUGUGAAACUGGAUAUCUCUCUCCCUCAACCUCUCUCUCUCUUCCCCUUCUUACUCUCCUGUCUUGCUCUUCCUCCUCGCUGUUGUAUUGUGGUAGAGUGCUAACCACCAUCACGUGCUGUGCGUCACAACACAAACUCAUGAGUACCCGUUCACGCGCGUCGUCGCCAGCCAGCCGGACCAAAAGCGACCGCGCAGCAGGACUUGCAGCACUUCCUGUUUCCGUGGAUGCACUCACUAACACAGCCAGAGGUUAUCGUGACCAUUUCUCUGAACUCUUUGAGUUGCGGACGUCUGUCAUGUGGGUCCACGUGGCAGGAGGACAGUAGAUUCUGGACCUGACUGACUCGGACACAGGAGUCUGUUUGUAGUGUACCUCAUCCUAAAGCACUUCGUCAUUCUCAUAGCACUUAAUGACCCGCCACCAAGGAGAGUGUCCGUGCCGAACCGAACACUUUGGACCACGUGAUCUGAUGGUUAGACAUCUGACUCGACCCCAUGCUGGUGUCCAUCCAUGCAGAUAGUUUUGGUUUGGGAUAUAAAUAACUGAGUGAAUCGAUGUUUGGUGUUUUCAUUGUUGUGGUGCUGAACUGAAAAAUGACCAAGUAGAAUAAAGGUUAGGAUGUUUACCAGAUAAUCACAUAUUUUAAAGUCUGACUCCCGGUAGAGGGACCUGUGUUGCAUGUUUUCAUCCCUCUCUCUCUCUACACUGACAGAAAAGGCCAGACAAUAAUCUAAAACAGUCAACAGUAAGUCUGUCGAGUUUUUAAAUCCCCUCUCCUCAGUGCAGGGAGCGCCACAGCUCUCCACUGUGUUUGGGAGAUAGCAGAAAUCUCAGACUGAUGGUUCAAAACCUGCAACAAUAAAACCAAAACUAUCUGUAUGGUUGGAUCAUAAUGGAUGUAACAAAGAAAAAUGUUUGUUUGUAACUAGAAGUAACUCUGAGUAAGAAUAUGUCCCGAGUAACUGAGUGAUGUUACAUGGUCACUGACAGCCUUAUUCACAUGCAAACUACUGUAAAAUUAAAACUUUAGUGUAAUUAAGGCGACACACUGGCUCAAAAAAACGUAGUUACUGAACCUGCUCCAGUCUCACAGGUAGCGCAACACUAACGGUGCACUCAAGUGCUUCUUGUAAAAAAAAAAAAAAAAAAAUGUGGUUAACAGAGUGCAGCAGGGAUGACGUAUUUUUGUAGUUCUGAAGUUAGAAACCCUCCUUGAAAACGUUAAAAGAAGAAGAAGAAGAAGAAGGAAGUGUCAUUAUGUCACCAAAUCAUGUUUUGCGGUCAGACUGCAGUGCUGCUUGUAUUGAAGUCAAACGAAGAUGCACAGAGAAACGUUCCUUGUGUAUGAAAGGCUUGUUCACCGUGUCAUUGCAGUCGUAUCAGUGGAAAUCUGUUGGAGCGGCCCUGUUUGGUCAUCAUGGUAUCAGCCAUGUUAAGCCACUCUGGCAUUUCUUCUUCAGAAGUCACAGGACGGAGAUGUUGGAUCUCCGUGUGUUUCUUCAUGCAUCAUUGACUUCAGUAUAACUCUCACCACAGUCUGGCCCCAAAGACAGAUUCAGUGACGUAACGAGUCUUCUUUCUUUUGUUUUUUAGCUUCCUUUGUUUUGGAACUCACUCCUGCAGCGCUCAGUUUACACCACCAGUUGUGAUUGUGAUUGUUUACCGUCUUGGCCAGCAGUCGCAUUUAGGUCAUUAUUUUUUACAUAAAAAUCUCUGGUUACUCAUUCUCAUUCAUUCUUUGUUUAAUGUGAUCAUGAAGUGAAUAUUUUAAAACAUUGAAGUGUUUCUUUGACAGAAAAAAAGACAUUUGAUGACAUAAUCCUGGGAGUUAGGGCGAGGAACGCCCUCCAAAGUUCAGUCAUCUGCUCACCUCCACAUUGACGGAAAGUCUUGGCAAAACAUUUCUGGAGCUUUAAAGUGUAAAACAAGAAACAUUCAUGGCUCUCGGGGCUCAAUCUGGCGUCUCAUGGCUUCUGAACACUUGAAUAUUCCAAGUGUGCAGAGGCCACAAGACGCCAAAUUGUUGUGAAAACACUUUAUUUGCACCAAUUUUCAAGACGAUCUCUUCACUGCAGCUGCUACGUUAAAAGCGUUAGCAUUAGCAUGCGUUAGCAUGCACCCUGUCAGAAGUUGGUCACAAGCUCAGCAGCAUGUCGAUGGUGUAAAUAGCAUCGUGUCAAACAAAUCUGGGAUCUUGGAGCUGUUAGAUAAUGCUGGACAGGCUGCAUGGAGGUCUGCAGAGGUCUCUGAUGUGCACAACAAGAUCUGAGUACUUUCACACCUGCUGGCUUCAAAGCAUCACUGAGCAGCUUUCAUAGUAACGACACUGGGUCCAGGUUUACCGACAUCCUCGGUCCAUGCUAACACUUUUAGCUAAGCAGCUAAGUUUUCAACUCCAGAAAGGUGAUAAAUGACCUUUUUUUAAAUCAGUUUGGAAUCUGCAAAGACUUGGAUCACACUGGACGAGCUGUCUGGAGCCGUUUAAUGUUUUUCAGUUUUUUUCCCCAUGUUUUAAAACAAGCCCCGUCUCUUUCAGUCGUUAAGAUGAACGCUGCAAAGCUCUUUUGCCUCACAAGACUUUCUAUAUCAGCAUGGAGGAAAGAGAUGAUGACUGAAUUUUCAUUUCUAAACUAAUUUUUCUUAAAAAAAAGUCUGACUCCUGUUGGACUGUUGGUUGCAAAGGAUUCAGCGGUGGUGUUCUCCUAAUUUUAAGCAAUUCAGCAGGUCGAGUUUAUAAAUAUUUGGUCAUUACAUGCAGGCAGAGAAUCCAGCCAGUCAUUCUAACUGCCUAAACUCGGUAGGAUCACCUAGUUUAAACUUCCUGAGCUGAUCGAGGCUCACACUGGACCAUUUUCCAUUCCGAUGGAAAACAAUCGAGACGUUCUUUCCGACUACCAAAGUGUUCGGUUUCACUGCUCACUCAUCUGUUCCAUAUGUUCAUGAAGCCUUGGUUUGGUGGGACCAUGUUUGCUGUACAUACUCUGCCUAUACGCUGUUCCUUGUAAGAUAAUAGAUGUUCUGUUCUCUUAGUCCUCUUGUAAAAUAUAGUGUUAUAUUUUCUAUAUGAAGGAGAGGAGGGGGGAUGCUGCUGUGAGUGAUGUGUGUGGAUCGAGAAGGUUUCAGCGGCGAAUUCAUCAACAGGUCGCUCGUUUUGUUUGAGGUUCUGCAGGUUUGACUUGUGUGAAAUAAGACCAGCGUGGAGCCCGUUCACCAUUUACAUGUUACAGAUUUGUUAUAAAGAGCUGAACGCUGCUCACUCUCAGCCCCGUGUCGGAGAUCUUUAAAGGUUUUUAACAUUUGGUAUCCCUGAAGGGGACACCUGCAGUUUUUAAGAAGGAACAAAACUUUAUUUUUUUUUUCAGGAAAAUUAAUGCUGGUCGCCAGUCAAACAACUGUUUUCUCUACUGGUCAUCUCUGCUUCUGAAUUUACACUUAUCUAAGAUGUAGUUAUCUGGUUAUAUAGUGAAAGUGGAGGAUGAACUCUGGGUUUGACUGUGUGGGACGGAAGAUGGAAAGAUUUCCUUUAACAUGAGGUCAAAACACUGUCAAAGUUCGAAUGAGUUUUAUCCUGCUGUUCACGUAAACAGAACUCAUACUGGAGGGUUGUUACUCCUCGUCUUUCAAUUUAUGAUGGUUCCCCUCCUUCCAGUGCAGAAAGUUCGACUCUUAAGAGUUUCUUCUGUUCCUUUCAGAAGUUGGAGCUGAAAAGAUUUGAGCCUGUAUUUGUCAAACAAAACACACUUCUUAUACUUCGAGCAGAACGAAGAGAGCAGCUUGUAAAUAAUCACAUCAUUACUCACAUGAACGCUCAGAACAGGGAUGGAGGUGAAGAUCGACUCUACAUCCACCAUGUUGUUCAUUAUUUUACUCAUGUCGUCACCUGCAAAAAUUCAAGUAGUUUGAAACCCUUAACAACCUCAGUCGAACAUAAAACAGCUGAAAUGCGGCCUGCCAGAUGUUCAGAGUGAAAAAACUAAACAUGUCUCACAGAUCCUGCAGGUUUAUUUGAUCUCUAAUCUCUAAUUUUCCCCAAUUAUUGUUUUUUGUAAUGUGAGCACGGCUGGCAGAGUGAAAGUUUGUGCAGGAAGUCAGUUAAGGGAACUGUUACGAUGCUAGUUACCACUUAACAUCUUCACAAAACAAUAUAAGUUUGUAGUCUUUUGUCCGUGUGAACACCCCGAAAUAAUAUAAAAAUAAUGGAAGCAAACUGAAUCAGGAGCGACAUUCUGCUGCCGUCGCUUCAGAGAAAAUGUACAUCAAGUUGAAUUAAGCACCGUGUUGACGAGUUACGACGGUAAAUGUGAGAAAGUGAUGACAAACAAAAUCAGUGUGAAAUUAAUUCCUGCUGUUCAAGCAGCUUCUCUCAAACAAAUCAUUUUCCAAAAACAGUAUUUUAAUUCCAGGUAAAUUUGAUCUCAUUGCACAAGUUCAUUGUAAAUUGUCACAUUUAAUGCAAAGUUUUUCUAUCAUGUUUAAUGUGAACAAAUGAACUCGAUGUGUGAUUGACUUUGAUAUAGUUGAAUAACACAAACACAUUACGUUCAUGCAGAAUCUUACCUUUUUAUUAAUAACUGAAUAAACACAUCAUGUUUCCAUCUGCAUUAAUUUAAUUUGAUUUAAUUUAGUUUAAUCAGAUUGAGUUUUUUAACAUAUUCACUCACAUGAUGGAAACACUUUGCAUGAAACGUGACACUGUAAUAAAUUAGACGAAGUUGGAUUGUUUCAGGCAAAUAUUUGAGUUUUGUUCAUUUAAAAAAAAGGAAAUAAAACUAAAUGAAACUUCUGCACAUAUUCAAAUCAACUUACCAUCACAAGCUUAAACUGUCGUCACGUAGGAUCUGCUUUUAAAGGUGCAAUAUGUAAGUUUUUAUCAACAGAAUCUGAAGAAAUAGCAGUUUUGACAUGACAUUGUAUGUGUGUUGUGUUGUAGAGAUAUCUUGUGACCAAACGCACCUUCAGUAAAAGAUGUUUCUGGUUUGAACCCAACAAAUUAUUUAACAAAGGUGUGGUUGUUUUAAGAUAUUUGGAGAAGUCUUGCAUAUUAUAUCUUUAAUUUUAAGGUCAGAAGAAAUGUGAUCAGUAGCUUUUAACUUCAAGGAGACUUUUAGCAGUUUGAUAAAUACGGGCUCGGAUCGUUCUGCAGCUCAGGAUGUGAUCUGACGAGACGGCAGGUUCACGUCUGAAAUGUAGAGAGAGAGAAGAUGUUUCACUGAAGCUUCGUUUUCACUUCUGAUGAGUCUCAGCUGAGGUCACCAAAAACAUUUUAACUAUGAUUAUACUUUAAAGGGGCACCAUGGAGUUCCUGAGAAGAAAUUCACACUCAGAAUAUUAAUAUUUGCAAUAUUAAUGAGGUAAAAAUACAAACUUUUUUUCCUCAAGUGAAUAAACAAGCUGUUCUCUGAGGAAAAGGAACGUUUCUUCCUCAAAAUUACAGAGUGCUCCUUUAAUUUGCCUUUAAUAUUAUUUUUUAAUUCACACCAUGAACAGCAGUCGGUUUGAAAAACAUCCCCCGUCAAACAUUGGAUAUUCAUCUGAUUCCAUUUCAGGUGUUCGAGUGUUUGUUGUCAUUUCGGGACGAACUGAUAAAGUUUCACAUGUUGGAAAAAAGCUUCUGUCGCUCGUCAGAGAAUAAAAUGGAAGAAUGAUGUUUAAAGGUCACGAAACAGCGAACGGCUCAGAUGAAAAGAAAGUUUAUUUUUUCUACUUUGAUUCCAUUUUAAAUUUUGACGUGGACUUUUUAGUGAGUCAGGCUCUUCAGUACUGUUGCCUGUAUGUACCGAUCGUAUCAUAAUGUGCAAUCUGUAAAAGGUCAAUAACUCGUAGAGACGUUUCUGUAGCCAUGUGAGGUUUUUUUUAUUUCCAAUAAUCUCAUUUAAUAGUUCUUUGACAGAAUCCUUUAUGAUCAUUUUGAAGAACAUACUGUAAUGAUUAAAA